CUGUCCAAAAGCUUGUGGACGCUUUCAUUUCACAGACGUGUUUCUUGGUGCUGUUGACACCGAGGCCUCUUUAGCGAGUCGUAAAAGCCUUUCCAGUAAUGACACGGUGAGCGUCAGUGUACGUCGUGACGUCGAGGUGUCGACGUAGCGUCAGAGCGGAGCGGACCUGCCGUGCAGAGCGAAGCAGAGCAGCAGCGAGCCGAGCCGUGGAGGAGCACACACCCGGAUACGCGCUCGGCUUCUGGACAAAAAUAAAGACUUCAGCGACAACGGCUCCUUUGCAGCGGCAGAGAAGAUGAAUAACAGCAAACGGACGGUGGUUGUCACAGGUUUUGGGCCAUUUGGAGAGCACACCGUCAAUGCUAGCUGGGUAGCAGUGCAGGAACUAAAGAAACUUGGCCUGGGAACCGAAGUGGACUUGCAUGUGUAUGAGGUUCCUGUAGAGUACCAGACAGUCCAGAGUUUGGUGCCUUCAUUAUGGAAACAGUAUCAUCCACUGUUGGUAGUUCAUGUCGGAGUGUCAGGUAUGGCCACCACUGUCACGUUGGAGAAGUGCGGCCGUAAUCAUGGCUACAAGGGUCUGGACAACAGCAGCUUCUGUCCUGACUCACAGUGUUGCAUUGUGGGAGGACCGGACUGCAUUGACUCAGUUAUUGACAUGGAAUCUGUUUGCAAGAGAGUGACAGCCUCGGGGCUUGGAGUAGCCGUGUCCGUCUCCAAAGAUGCCGGAAGGUAUCUCUGUGACUUCACCUACUACACAUCUCUGUACCUGAGCCACGGACGCUCAGCCUUUGUUCAUGUGCCUCCUAUUGGAAAGCCUUACAGCGGAGAAGACCUGGGCCGUGCGUUGCAGGCCAUUGUCCAGGAGAUGCUGGAGUUGCUGGACCAGGCGGAGGAGAAGAUCCACUGCCAGCACUUCCACUAAGUGCCGACUCAGCCUGCCACCCCUUCACACAGGAGACAAAUUGCACUUAACCAGAAGCAGCCAAAAUAUUUUAUAUUCUUAUCUUUUACUGGUGGAUAGUGAAAACUUCAGUCAUAGCAUAGGAUGUUUUAUUGAGUUAAUCUUUGUUUUGAUUCUGUUUGUACUAAGUGGUUGUUGUGUUUUUUUUCUCUUUAGCACUGGACCUGAGUCAGUUAUGUUUUUGGCUCUGCCAGUGAUGAGAACAUAAACGAGUAGCUCAGUCAGGUUUUAACUUAGGCUUUUGUCCCACCCCCAACGACCUUUAAAUUUAAGAAUUCCCACAGGUUUCCUAUGAAAACGCAAUAGCAAGAGUGCUGCUGCUUUGUUCACAUGCACUUAUAACAGGCUUAAGUGCAGAAAUGUAGAAAACCUGUAAUUGGUCCAGAUAUUGCAACCUGUAAGCCCAGAGGUGCACCUUACAGGGUUAUUGAAAUUUUUAUAGAGGUCACAUUUUGGGAAAGUCUUUAAUGUUAUUUCACUUUGUGUUCUUAAUGCUUGAUCCUUGAAUUUCUUUCCUCCUGCCUGUAGAUCCAGGUGCUUCUGUCACCAGGAUUGCUCAUGUGUGAUGCUCCAUAAAAUGCACAGUAUGUGUCAGUCAGCAUAUUAUUGUGGUGUUAAACCAGAUUUCUAUUAAUGAUUAAUGUACCUAAUACAUUAUGAUAUAUGUGGAAAUUUAGGCUUGAAAUUGUAUUUGCUCAUUUUCAGUUUCCUUCAAAUACGUUUUGCCAUCUUCCCAAAAGCCUAACUGCGCUGUUUCACAUUUAAUGUUGAAUUGUUUCUUGAGUCUUUUUUUUUUCUUUAUAAGAAGUUGUAAUUUUGCCUUCUUUUACAAAGGUUAUUUAAAUCAGGGAACGGGUUGGUUCCAGCUCAUAUUCCCCCAGUCUUUAGGCCAAAUUCUGACAGAAAAUUAUUUUAAUCCCUAAUCCACUUCACUGAGAUCUGGUCUUGAGUUGUGCAAUGUUAUUUUACAGGUCUCAUGUUAACUGAUUAAAAUUCACGUAAUAGGUUUGUGAUGAUUUUAUUAGGGAUGCACAAUUUUUAAAGAAUAUUAAGCCAUGCAGUAUUUACCACAGAAAUUUCCAGAUUACAAGACAGUGCUGUUUUUCUUAUGAGGGAAAUAUUUUUUGACAGUGUCCUAAACAAAAUGGUGCUGUGGAGAAAUCUUGGUCUACAGAUUGUGUUGUGUUAUGUGUGAGAAAUCCUUUACUUUUUCAAACUAAGCACAACCAAAGCAUAAAAACUACACUAAGCAAGAUUUUUAUGCAAUGCGUCCGUUGCAAAGUGUGGCUGCAAAAGAUCUUUAAAAUGCAAUGCACUGUUUUUUUUUGUUUGUUUUUUUUUUCUCAAAAUUGUGCAGCCCUAAAUUUGAUUUCUCAAUUUAAAGCUUUCAGUUCUCUUCAUUGAAUCAGAUACUGCUGCUGUACCUGAGGAUUUGAUUUAAUGAAGAUGGACAUUCAGUCAAGUCAGAGUUGGGCCUGAAAUUUUACCUCUGUAGCACUUUUUUUUUCUUCUUAAUCGUCUGGAUUUUGGACAAAAUAUUUGUUGAGACAUGUGAAUGGAUGAUUUUUUUUUUGUUUUGUUUUCAUUUUAAUUUACAGUCACUUUAACUAAUGUAGCUUUGCAGACACAUACAGAUUCAUUUGAUCUUUUUUGCUUCAGAAUUGUAACUCUGUAUGUUUAUAAAGGUGAGAUAUGCUUUAUUUGCCCAAACUUGGAUUUAUUCUGAUGUGUUUAACAAACUGGACUGUGCGCCUUGUGAUGGUGCCACUCUGUUUUAAAUGUGUGUUCCUUGGCUUUUUCUUUUGCUUUUCUUCCCUUUUCCUGUGUAGACUAGUGUUUCCCCCACUGCUGAAUUAGGACCAGCCCACGCUGUCUAAAGGGUCAUUUAUACUACUUUUCUACUACUUUUCAAGACUUCUAGUGUCAAAUGGUCUUAACACUGCUUCAGAAGCUUACCCACCCUGCCAAAAAGCUCUGUGGGAAACAUGGAUGUAGAUAUAAUCUGUUAUAUCUAGUUUUAAGGGAAAUAGUAACUGAACACAAUGACUGUAGCAUUGCAUCAGUAGUCUUGAGGCAUUUUCUUAACUUUUGACUUAAAAUGCUCAUUUUUCCACCCACAUCAAGGCAGUGUUACUCUCACUUCAAGUAAAUGUCAAUUAUUUGUAGCUGAAAAUGUCAUCUGAAGCUCUGUUCAGUGCCAUGGCUUUUAAAAAUGCUCGCACGUAGUGGCAUUAACCACAAAGUCGAAUCCUGGAGCACUGAGCUCAGUGGACUUAGUAUUUCUCAGUCAUUUCAUUAUUCAUAGGUCACUGGCAUGUUGUUUUGUUCUUGGUUCCAUGGU